CCAAUUUGAUUCCUAGGAUCAUGUGAAAGAAAAAUUAGAAGGUCACUAUUUAUGUUGGUUCCUUUCCAAAUAUUUUUCCUUUUCUUUUCCCUUUCCAAUUAGAAGAUGAUGAUAUUGGUCGCGUAGGUAUCGAUCAUGUCAUGAUGUGAUAAAUACAGUCAUCGAUGUUGGUAAUAAGGCGGAAGGGGCCGCCACAGCUGUCCGCGCUGCCAACUGCUGCUGGAGAUACGUUUCAAAUUAAUUUUGAACCAUCUAAAGGCCCGUGGCAUUCUUGUUUACAUGCUUAUAUUUUCCCAAGUGUUUAAAAUUCUGGUUGGAUUGGAGAACUCCGUGAUUGGAAUUGAGGUUACCUCAGAUGGUUGUGAUGGUGUAUUAUUCCCCACUUUGAACAAUAAACAUAUUCCCAUUUUGGGUUAUGAAGAUUUCUUAACAAAGAAGAAGAGGAAGAGAAUAGGGUGGUAUUUUUUAUUUUAUUGAUUAGGAAAAGUCAGAAUUGAGGCAUAGUUACAAUAAAAGAAUUUGGGACAGAUUGGUGAGAUGGGUUUUCUGAAUUUGGUGUGGCCACAAUCUCCAAGCCAUGUCCGUGUCAAUGGGCCGGUCACCGGUGGUGGCCUUAGUCAGAAUGGAAAGUUCACCUAUGGAUAUGCAAGUUCUCAGGGUAAAAGGUCUUCGAUGGAGGAUUACUAUGAAACGAGGAUUGAUGGUGUAGAUGGAGAGAUGGUUGGUCUCUUUGGAGUCUUUGACGGUCAUGGCGGAGCUCAAGCUGCAGAAUAUGUUAAAAGAAACCUUUUCAGUAAUCUGGUCAGGCACCCUAAGUUUCUUUCUGAUAUCAAAUCAGCUAUAGUUGAUACAUUCAGCCAUACGGACUCAGAAUUCCUGAAGAACGAAAGCGAUCAGAACAAGGAUGCCGGGUCGACUGCUUCCACUGCUAUCCUUCUCGGUGACCGUUUGUUGGUCGCAAAUGUUGGGGACUCAAGAGCUGUUAUUUGCAGGGGUGGUGACGCUAUUGCCGUCUCUCGAGAUCACAAACCAAAUCAUACAGAUGAGAGACAGAGAAUUGAGAAUGCUGGAGGUUUUGUGAUGUGGGCAGGAACUUGGAGAGUCGGUGGAGUGCUAGCUGUAUCUCGUGCAUUUGGUGAUAAACUGCUGAAGCGGUACGUGGUUUCUGAUCCAGAAAUUCAGGAGGAAAAAGUCGAUGGCACCCUUGAGUUUCUCAUCCUUGCAAGUGAUGGACUUUGGGACGUCGUAACAAAUGAGGAAGCUGUGUCUAUGAUUAAGCCAAUCCCAGAACCAGAAGAAGCAGCAAGAAGGCUGCUGCAGGAAGCACAUGAGAGGGGCAGCGCUGAUAAUAUCACAGUCGUCGUUGUCCGGUUUGUCACAGAAGAAGAAGAAUCAUCCAACGCUCCUGUCCGAGAGCCGUCAUCUGCUUCUCAACUUCACGAAGGACAUACAUGCAAACAGAGCCAGUAAAAAGGUGGUGCUUUACUAAUAUAUAAAAACAGACAUAAGUGCUGCUG